UACACACCUCUCUAUAUAAUGGCUUAGUAUGGCAGAAAGUUCAAACAAAAGAUUGAUAAAUUUGCAUCAUAAAACAGAAGCUAACCAUUUGGACAUACAUAUCAGCAAUCAAAUCCAGCUUUCAUAAUCAAUAUAGGGUCAACCAACUAGCUGUAUAUGAUGAUGGAUAUAACUUAAACGAGUUCAAUCGAGUAUUUUAAUGCAGUCAGCAAAUUCUGCUAGACUUGCUUGAAGAAGCUUUCAUACAUGUCUAGCGAAUAGCAUAGUUUUGCACAAUCCAUCGACCUCGUUUCACCCGGAACGAUAUCCAUUUGAUCAAAACAUCAGUAUGGUGUUUUUUCUACUUUCACUUAUUUUAUUAUUAUAUUUGUUUGAAGAUUUUCACAACAUAGAAUUCACUAGUAAAUAAAAUAACAUGAAACGAGCUCACCAAUGUUAGAGAAAAAAUAUCGACGGAAGAAAAACAGAAAAAAAAUGAGAUGAUACUUGUUGCUUCCACCUACCGUAUGCGUGAUAAUGUUUGCACCAUCGUUAAAUAACGUUCCAGUGUUAUUUGUGCAUACAAUGUAUUAGUUUUAUUUGCAGGCAUUCAAGCUAUAACUCAUAUCAUAGUAGGCUGUGAAUAAAAAGUGUUGAUUUUCUUAGGGUCUGUGUCAAUUGGCGAAUUAAAAUUAAUUUUCACUUAAACAUGACAGUUGACAACCGCUCUUCGUGCGCGACGGACGUCUUUUGUAACGCUCUUAAUUGUCUCUUGGCUCUAUUUGCAUCGAUGCAAGAUGGCACAAUUUAGAAAAAACACAUUGGUAGUAGAUUUCGGUGUCUUGCCAAACCGACCCGCUUUGGAGAAAGUGGAGGAGUUCCUCAAGCAUUAUAUCAAACUUGAUAUGGCUGAUGUUAGGAGCAUUCAGAUCCACAAUAUCAAAAACUGCUUGUUCAUCGAGAUGAACGAUCCAGGCGUAGCUCCAAGGCUACAAAAACUUCAUCAUCUGCGGCACUGCUUUGUACUUGAGGGUGUAAAAUAUUACAUUCCGGUAUACGUGGAUGGCCCUACAACGACGGUGAGAAUUCACGAUCUUCCGCCGCAAAUGUGCAACGAUAUCAUCGCUGACCAUUUGCAACAAUACGGGAGAGUAAUCUCUAUUUACAAUGAAGUGUGGAAGAACUUCUUCUCGGGAGUACCGAACGGUGUGCGUGUUGUUCGAAUGAGGUUGGAUAAACCGAUACCGUCGCACAUCACCGUGAACAGCCACAGUACGUACGUCAGCUACCCUAACAAUAGCGAUCAAUCAGCGUCCCAUAGAACAAAACAACAGCAACAAAAACCAUCAUCCAGCUUGGUCAAGGAACAGAAGAGCGACCAGUGCGAUUCAAUUGAAGCAGCAGCGGUUAGAUCCGAUAGUGACGGCGGCGAUAAUGACGACGGUGACGGUGACGAAAACAUCGACUCUGCAAACAACGACUGUGAGAACGGAAAGGAUGUAUCCCCGGAGACUGAUUCUGCGAAGCGGCGGUUGUCAACCGAGUCAACCAAUGGAACAGAAGCUGAAAAUAUUGCCAAGCGAUCAUGCAAUCAGAGUGCUCCGGAUUCCGAUUCGACGUGGAAAGUGAUCACGAGAUCAAAGAAAAAAAUCAAAUUUAUAGUUAUAAUUGUAUUUGAAAUGGCCCGACACGAAUGCACUUUUGGUGUGAAGUGUCGUAAAUAAAUAAUAAUAAUAAUAAUAACUUAAACAUGACAGUUAGAUAACACAAGUUUACAAAAUAAAACGAAAGUCGUGAACUUCUGUCAACGACCAAAAUUUUUGAAGCAUAAUUAAGCGCUGAUUUCGAAACCGACCUUCAAAAAAUUUAAAGUAGAGCAGUUUUUGAAUUUUAGCUCAAUAUCGAGUUUAACAACUUUUUAAAAUAAGGAAUUUAAUAAAAUUCCAAUAUCUUGCGUUUUGUUCAACCAAUUUUAAAUCUUUUUCCAUAAAUUAAGAGCUGAACACAAUACCAUUCGAUCAUCUGAAUGCAGGUUUUGCGUCAGAUUGAUGAAAUUCAAGAUAUUGGCGAGUUUUGGGGACGAUCUCCUUAAAUUUUAGCAAAAUUUUCAAAAUAUAUGAAGAAAUGUAUUUUUUUCAAUAAGAAAAAAAUAAUUUAAAAAUUCUUUCUCAACGUUUUUUUGACAUAUCAUAUGUAGGCGAGUUACAGUAAAAAAUUCAGCUCAAUCGGAGCAUUGAUUACGGAGAAUGAGAUGUGUGGAGUGAGCGACUUUGCUUAAAAAUAGAACAAAAAUCGAUUUCAAAUCAUCAACCUUGUAUGGAAAGUCGAAAAAAAUUCUGCUCUACUGUAAUUUUUUUCCUUCGCGUUUUCGUACUCAGGGCAUGAUUCUACACCAAAAACAAUCAUCAGCUUACCGAGUUCAAAAAUGCUGUAAACUAGUGUAAUUAUUUCCUUAGGAGAACUGUCAAGUUUAAGUGUUGAACUGUCAAAUUUUAGUAAAAAUUAAUUUUAAUUCGCCAAUUGACACAGACUCUUAGUUUAACACUUGCAUAAUGACUAAGUGGCAAUCUAGCUCGUGAUUUGUCCACGCGCAAAUGUCGACAAGUGUCCGUGGUAGUGUCAAAGUCAAGAUUAACAAUUUUUGAGUUUAUUUUUUUUAUUUUGACAUUGCCUUAUGGUGUAGACAUUGACACAUAAACAAAAGUUAAUAUAACUAUUGAUUCUGGAAUUUGGCACGGAUCGAUAGUUUUUCGGAAAUCGAAAAAAACAGAUGUUGCGUUCGAGUAAAUUCAAGACUUUCCUAUAUGGCGCUAUUCGUAGCUCCUGGAUGCCAUUGGUAAUAAUGUAAGUUUUAUUUCUAUGGUCAAAAGAUCAUUAAGGCCACCGUAAUUUUCCUUUUCGAUAUGCCAUGCCAUUUAGUCGCUGAUUUCGCGUUUCUUUGCCAUUUUUCUCAUUGAGCCCAUAUAAUUAACACAUAUCUUCUUUUUGGUGGCAGCGAUAGCCUCCUUAAUCCAUGUUAACCUUGGACGACCAGUGGAACCCUUCGGGAAUAGUUGCCCUUGCUUUUUUUCGGUCUAAGACCGUUUUACGGUUCUCCUGAACACUCCUGAAAUGUCUUUUUUAACAUUUGCGCGUGGACAAGUCCCGACUACCGCUGCCAUUCCUUCAUGGUGCCAAUUUUAAACUUAAGAAAUCGGAUUUUUUUUAUUCGCAACCUACUGUGAUAUGAGUUAGAGCUUACGUGCAUGCAAUAAAAACCUGAUAUGGGUGAUAUGGGUACCUUAUUUGUACGAUGGUGCAAACAUUAUCACGCAUACGGUAAUCAAAAACAAUCGGGAUUUCGUAAUGAAAGUCAACCUUAAAUUCGAGUAUAUACACCAGGGGUUCUCGAACUUUUCCAGCUUGUGAUUCCUUUUUAUUGGUUACUAGCUGUCCCAGCAAACGUCGUUCUGCCUGCCUACUGUGUUUUUUGACAUUCAGCUUUAUAGGGACGUCCCCGGCAAAGUCAGUUGUAUGGAAGCACCGCUUUCCAGAGGGGGAGGGGAGGGGUAUCAGGCCAUGCUUAGAACCUUCACAAAAAAUCCUUCUUGUAUCGCAGCUGAACUCAUUAAGAUGGACCUAGAUAAGGUGGCCACCCGUCUGCACCGCACCGGUUGAUAGUCAGGGGAUAUGGG